GCCGUCGUCGUCGUCGUCGUCGUGGUUGCCGUUGCUGCUCGUGAAACGCGCUGGUGAAACGACAGCGUCGGAAACAUGAGCUCGAUCGACUUCGACGAGGUGUUGGUGCACGUGGGCGAGAAGGGCAAAUAUCAGAACAUCAUGUACUAUCUCCUCUGCAUAUCGGCCACUCUUCCCGCGGCUUUUCUCGCCUUUUCCCAAGUGUUCGUGAGCGCGUCGCCGGAGCAUUGGUGCAGGAUCCCGGAGUUGGACAAUCUGACGGAUCUGAUGACGUUGGAGGAGAGGAAGGCGCUCUCGUUGCCGUACGUUGAGAAGUCGGACGGCAAGGUGAAGAAGUACUCCAAGUGCAAGAUGUACGACGUGAACUACACGGCGAUCGUGGAAUCGUGGCUGGAGCACGCGGUCCUCGAGAACGCGACGGAGAAAGAGGGCGAGGCGCAGCCGACGAGAUCGAGGAGCGGAUUGCCACCGCCGCCGGUCGGUAACCCAGACUGGCCCGUGACCAAGUGUCGACACGGAUGGAUCUACGACAACCGAGACUACGACAGCACCCUGGUCACCGAGCUAGACUUGGUAUGCGACAACAGCUGGUGGCCUUCCACAUCUACGACCUUCUUCUACGUCGGCAGCCUGUUUGGGAACGUGGUGUUCGGCUGGAUCGCGGACAAAUGGGGCAGGAGGACAGCGUUCUUCGCCAUACUCUUCCUCGAGGUGAUAUUCUCGAUCGCCACCAGCUUCAGCCCCAACUACGUCAUCUACACGGCGCUGAGGACCGUGAACGGUCUCUCUUUUCCAGCCAUUUAUCAGAUCCCCUUCAUACUAGGGUUACUUGCUUAGGCAUUGGUUCACCCUGUCUUUGGCUACCUCGGUUCCGUUCGUUCUUCUCUUCAGUUACUACUGGAUCAUUCCCGAGUCGCCGCGAUGGCUGCUCAGUAAAAACAGGAUAGACGAGGCGGAGGUGAUCGUUCAACGAAUGGCCAAGAUCAACGGUAAAACGGUGCCGAACAACUUUCUGCGAAAAAUGGAGGUGGAGAUCCUGCGAAGGCAAGGAGUGUCCUGCAACGGGACGAACUCGGGCGAGAACGCGGAAUCGAACGAGGUGGAGGAUCGAUCGCCACCACCGGCGGCUACGCCGAUGGAUCUGAUCAGGAACCCGAACAUCAGGAAGAAGUUCUUCAUCCUGGCGUUCGACUGGGUGGCGAACGCGGUCGUCUACAACGGGCUGUCGUACAACGCGACGAAUCUCGGUGUCUCGGAUUACCUAGCCUUCUUCAUUGGUGGACUGGUGGAAAUACCAUCGUACGUGAUAACGUGGUACGCCAUGGAUCGGCUUGGUAGGAGAUGGGUGCUGUGCCUGACGAUGCUCCUCGGCGGUCUCGCUUGCGUAUCUUGCAUGUUCGUUCCCGAAGCAGACGCCGUAUGGGUGACGGUGUCACUGGCGAUGAUCGGCAAGUUUGGCAUCGCUGCGUCGUUCGCCGUGUUCUACGUGUUCGUCGGCGAGCUGUUGCCGACGGUGUUGCGAUCGCAGGCGAUGGGCAUCGCCUCGUUCAUCGCUGGCAUCGGUUUGCUCGCGUUCCCGUACAUCGUGCACCUGGCGGUCUACUCGAGGGUCCUGCCGCUGAUCAUAAUGGGCACGCUCAGCGUGGCCGGUGCCCUCACGUCCAUCUUCUUGCCGGAGACCCUCAACAUUCACUUGCCGCAAACGAUCGAGGAGGGAGAGUUGUUCGGGGCCGACUUCAAGCUCUGGUCCUGUCCCACGUUGCCUAAGUCGGUGUCCUCGUCGCCGUCCUCGUCGUCGCCGCAGCCGUCGUCCUCGCCGUCGCUGUCCUCGCGAUCCUUGUUCCCGCGCGAGAACGACGACGACGCGUUCAUCAAGAAGGAGAGCGUCGAUUCGAACAUAGACAAGUCGGAGUCCGUGCCACUGAGAUUCCUGGUGAACGGCCGACCGGGAAAUCGUUCGCUGCCGUCCGUCUCGUUGCAAGAGGAACCGGCAACAGCAGCGACCACACAAGCUGAGCCGGAGCCCGAGAAUUCGCUGUCCGUGGAGCGCGCUAGCACAACCGGACAACAGACCGGAGAGGAGGAGCUCGCGCGUCCUAUCGAUAAACGCGUCGACGAUCCAUUAGUCGCCGUUGUCAUCGUGGAACAAAGAAGAACGCAGUGAAUCGGACUAGACAACCCGCGCGCCCUUGGUAGAUACGAUCAAGAUACGUUCGCUAUCUACGACAGAUCGAUCGAUGGACACACGUGCGUGCGUCGGUAUUUAAAGUGCUAUUCAUUCCGUUCUUGUUCCGUUUGCGGUAAUUGUGCGAAUCGCAACUGAUCGAUCGAGCGACGAUACCGCUAGACCGGUGUUUUGGUUUUGCCGAUCGAAAAUAGAAUGGAAAAUAGACGGGAAGUGCGACGAAUGGGAUCGCGAUUAGAGCGCGAUCGUGCGUCACCAAGGUGAGACGAACGUUCGUCUGUUUCUGUUUGCGCGAAACGCAUUCGACAACCGCGUCCGUUCGCGUCGACGUCGUCGAGUCGAGAAGCCACGGAUCUGUGCCCCGCCUUUGGACGUCCCCGACCGAUCCCCGUACCACCGCCAUCACCACCAUCACCAUCUUCGUGGCUUCGUUGUCGAAGUUUCGGGGACGUUUCUCCUUCCUCUGGCGACUCAAAGAUGCGGGAGAUCGUGCACAUACAAGCUGGACAGUGUGGCAACCAAAUCGGUGCCAAGGUCAGUGUCACAUCCGCGAAACCUGCAAGUAGUUAGCUCGCACGAAAAGAUAAUCGAUAUCGGAUCGAGUUACUCUCUCCCGCGAUCGGAUAAUCGACGAUGAUCCGUAGAACGAUCGACUAACCUAUCGCGUUCGCGUUCGUCGUUGACGAUCCAACUUUUAUCAGCUCUUGCACUCGAUAACGGUUGACGAAUGUUAGUUCUGGGAGGUGAUCUCGGACGAGCAUGGCAUCGAUCCGACCGGCACCUACCACGGAGACUCGGACCUGCAGUUGGAGAGGAUCAACGUGUACUACAACGAGGCGUCCGGUGGAAUGUACGUACCACGCGCGAUCCUCGUCGAUCUGGAGCCCGGCACGAUGGACUCGGUGCGCUCCGGUCCGUUCGGGCAUAUCUUCCGACCGGACAAUUUCGUGUUCGGGCAGUCAGGCGCG